UUUUGGUUUAAUGGGUUUGAGGGUUUUUUAAAUUACAGGGUCGAAUCACAAUUGGCGAAAUACAGGCCGGAUCGAUUGCGGAUGGCAACUUCCACUAUGGGGACAUAAUGACGCACGUUAAUGGCAAAAGAGUGACGGACAUCAAGAGCGCAAGACCUGCAAUUCUGGAAGCGAUAAACAACAACAAAAGCCUAACCAUUCGUGUGGAGCGCCCGGAACAAUUGGGGGAAGUUUCUCAUCUUCCGGCAGACGUGGCCAAAAUCAUCAAGCGACAAAUCAACUUCCAUCGCCAUGCACACAAAUAUUCUGCAUGUAUCACUACAGCUGAACGGGAAGCGACAACAUCUUCAAUCCUCAGCCGAAUAACAGCGGGACUUGCUGGAAACACAUCAAGCAGAUCUUCUCGUCGCUCCAGUCCAGAAGUUGGCACUGCCAGAGUCACGAUUCAGCGACCAUCAUCAGGAGACGUGAGGGAAAUUCCGGCAGACAGUACAGCUGACUUGAAGCGAACUCCACCGAGACCUGGCUCACAAUAA